UGAUGAGCCCCUGCCCUCCUUUGGAAACCAAUAUUUAUGGGGCAGCAGGUCCUGGAGGUCCCGAGGAAAUGUAUCCGUCCAAGAUAACAUCAGCGGUAAAUUACGAGAAGGUUGCCCCUGAAGCUGUCCAUCUUUAUCCAAGCUCGGAGACCUCCUGGCUGGGACAGGAACAAAACAGUGCUUGCCUCCUCCUUCCUGGGAGUUACGCAGACUUAUCUGUGGAUGUCGAUCCAGGGGAACUGACUCAAGCUCGGGCACAGAUCCAGAAUAUAGAUCUAUCUCACCUUUUGCAGCAGGAUGAAGAUGGCGACACGUUGCUCCAUCUCUUUGUGGCUCAAGGACUCCGCCCAUUGUCGUAUGCUGCAGCUGAAAUGCUCCGAGAUUGUGGACAGUUGGAUGUCAAAGAACACAGGGGGAAGACUCCAUUAUUAGUGGCGGCUGCAGCCAAUCAACCUAAGAUCGUGAAGGACCUGAUUUUGCUGGGAGCAGACAUCAAUGCCAUGGACCAAAAGGGGCAGACGGUGCUGCACCUUGGCGCCACCUACGGGCUGCCCAGUGUCAUUGAGGCUGUCAUGAUGACUGGUGCUCCUGUCAAUGUGGAUGCCAGAAAUUUUGAAGGUCUCACUCCUUUGCACUGUGCCGUCAUGGCUCACAAUGCUGCCUUCCAGACACAAAACAUGGAGCCCUCGUCCCAACAUCACCUGCAGAACUUACUGCUCUGUAUUCAGCGGCUUUUGCAACUUGGUGCUGAUUACAAGAGCCAGGACUUGAAGAGCAGUAAAACCAUCUUGCAUUUGGCUGUUCAAGCUGCAAACCUGCCUUUGGUCCAGUUCCUCCUCAAACUGCCUGGACAAGAACGUCAAAAUUUUGUAAACAUUAAGGCCCAUGGCAACACAGCUCUGCACAUGGCAGCUGGCCUACAUGGCCAUCCUUAUCAAGAACAGAUUGUCCGCCUCUUGCUAGACCACUGGGCCGAUCCCACUGCCCGGAACCCAGAGAACGAGCAGCCAGUUCACCUGUUGACUUCAGGACCAGCAGCCGAGCAGCUGCGUCUUUUGCUACGAAGCCGUCGCUCGGGCCCUGGGUUGGUAUAUCCCCCAUCCUUCACCUGACACAGCCAUCCUGGAUAGAGGGAGACCGACCUGCCUCUUUCUCUACUCUCGAAGAGUGAGGAAGCCUGAAUGUCUUUGUUUCUUUCUUCUCCUUUCUGUUCUCCCCACUCCCCGAUGGAAUGUGUUGUCUUCUAUAUUUGCUAUAUUUAAUUAAGUUAUUGGAUAAGGAUUGGGACACCAAGUUGAACCUCAGAGCUUUACACAAAAAAAGCAUUUUCUCUUAGUAGAAGUUGGUGCUGUGGGUCAGUGGCAGAGGACUCACUGUAACCAAGGGGUGGGCUUCAGAUCCUUUAGCAAUGGGCAUGGCCAUGGUGGGCGUGGCCUAGUCGGCCACCUGCACCACAGCGACAGGCCCAUUUUUCACCCUCCCCAGACUCCGGAGGCUUUCCUCAAGCUUCCAGGAGGGUGAAAACAGCUUCCCCCGGUGUCCGGAGGCUCUCCAGAGGCUAGAAACAGGCCCAUUUCUGGACUUUUAGAACUUCCGGGAGGCCCGUUUUUCACCCUCCCCAGGCUCCAGAGGCUUUCCUCAAGCCUCUGGGUGGGCGAAAACAGUUUCCCCUGGGGUCCGGAGGCUCUCCAGAGGCCGGAAAAAGGCCCAUUUCCAGACUCCGGUAGGCCCAUUUUUUGCCCUUCCAGACCCUUCACGCGGCCCCUGCACUUAU